AUGUUGUCCACCGCAUCACGCAUCGCCGUUCGUCCGGCCGUUAAGCCUUUGAGCCACGGUGUUCAGGCCCGCAACAUGGCUACCCUUAAAGAAAUUCAACUUCGUUUGAAGUCUGUUCAAAACAUUGAAAAGAUCACCAAGUCCAUGAAGAUGAUUGCCUCUACCAAGGUCAACAAGGCCCAACGUGGUAUGGAUGCCGCUCGUGCUUUCGGUGCUGCUUCCAACGCUCUCUUUGAGAGUGCUGAGACUAAGGCUGCUGAUGACAGCAAGACUUUGGUUGUUGCCUCUUCUUCUGAUCGUGGUUUGUGCGGUGGUAUUCACAGCAGCGUUUCCAAGGCCACUCGUCGUGUUUUGGAAGAGCUUCCUGAAGCCGAACUCGUUGUUCUUGGUGACAAGCCCAAGGCUCAACUUCAACGUGUCGCCAAGGAGCGUAUCACUCUUACCUUCAACCAAAUUGGCAAGGAUGUCCCCACCUUUGCUGAAGCUUCUUCUGUUGCCGAUGUCAUCAAGCGUGAGGGUAUCGAGUUUGACAGCGCCAAGAUUGUCUACAACCAAUUCAAGUCCGUGAUUGCUUACGAAGCUGACACCAUCCCUGUCUACUCUGAGGAGGUCUUCAAGAACUCUCCCAACUUUGCCGUCUAUGAAAUUGAGGAUGAUGUUUUGGCCAACCUUCAAGAAUUCACCUUUGCCAACUCCCUCUACUGGGCUAUGGUUGAAGGCUAUGCCUCCGAAAUGUGUGCUAAGCGUGCUGCUAUGGAGAACGCUACCAACAACGCCGGGGACAUGAUCACCAAGCUCACCAUGACCUACAACCGUGGUCGUCAAGCCGUCAUUACCAACGAAUUGAUCGACAUUAUCACUGGUGCUUCUGCUCUGUAA